AUGCUCGCCCUUGCGUACGAUGAUGGGCCCGUAACCACCACCGCGGUCAAGAAGGCAUUCGCCUCGGGCCACCAGAUUGCCUCUCACUCAUGGACCCACGGUCACAUGGGCAGCAUGAGCGCGCAACAAAUCCGCACCGAGAUGACCAGGGUUGAGGACGCCAUGGUCAACUUGAUCGGCAAGAAGCCGGCCUACAUGCGCCCGCCUUACCUUGAGACGAGCGGCCAGUUCCUGCCGACCAUGGCCUCCAUGGGCUACAAGGUCAUCACCAACGACGUCGAUUCAGGUGACUGGAACAACCAGUCGCCGCAGCAGAGCCAGCAGGCCUUCCAGCGUGCUGGCGCUGGCGGCAACGGUCACAUUCCCCUCAUGCACGAGACCUACGCCGGCACCGUCCGCACCCUCACCCCGUGGUUGAUCAACUGGGCAAAACAAAACAACCUCAAGCUGGUUACCGUCGCCGAAUGCCUGGGCGAUGCCAACGGCGCGUACCAGUCCGGAACCUUUACGCCCAACGGCCAGAACUCCUGUUAA